UUUUAGACCACCACCGCGAAAUGCAAAUUUUUAGACCACCCACCCAAAUCCUUUCCUCCUCCGCCAUCCCAAUUCCAUUCCAUUCCACCACCCCCAAAAAAAUCUCCACCCGCCGCCGCCUCCGGCGACACCGCCACCGCCCACCGGAGAGAUGUUGCUGGUGAGCCAGGCCGCCAAUGGUUCCGUCUCCGCGCGGCGGCUGCCCUCCAAGCAGCCCGGCCGCCACGGCGGUAGCGGCAGCAGCAGCGUCCCCAACCCGUACCCGCUCUUCGCCACCACGCGCCUCCUCCCGCACCGCCGCCGCCGCCGCCUCGCGCUCUCCGGCGCCGACGCGCGGCGGGGGGCCCUCGCCGCCGCGGGGGAGGGCCCCUCCGGAUCCCCCGCCACCACCACCGCCACCGAGGACCCCGUCCUCGUCGGCGUUACGGACGAGGGCGUCCCCCUCGAGGGCGUCAUCCAGUUCGAUAAGCCCGGCGACGCCGCCGCCGAGUCCAAGCUCGUCUCCUACGCGAAGCUGGGGCUUCUGGCCAGCGGCGAUGUGCUCUGCCUCCUCGUCUUCUCCGCGAUAGGAAGGUUCAGCCAUGGGCUGCCUGUUCUUGACGCGGAGACGUUCAAGACGGCCGAUCCCUUCAUUGCUGGAUGGUUGCUCAGUGCCUAUCUCCUUGGCGGAUUCGGGGAUGAUGCGAAAGGUCGCAAUGGCGUGGGGAACGCUGUAGUUGUUGCGGCCAAAUCCUGGGCUGUUGGGAUACCGUUGGGCCUCGCCAUUCGAGCACUGUCAUCUGGUCAUAUUCCACCAACUCCUUUUAUCCUGGUAGCCAUGGGAAGUACUUGGGUUUUGUUGACUGGAUGGCGUGCCCUGGUUUCUCUACUAUUUUCCACUGGACAGAGCCAGCAAGAUGAUGUCUACAGGCGGGGAAGUCCUUUUGAGCUUUUUGAGUUGCUCACAUCACUGGUGCGAAGGUGGUGAUAUCUGAUAUUGUGUAAAGGUGAUGAUUGCCAUCCAACACUAGGUUCUAAUUUCUAUCGUGUAAGUACAAUUUUGGAGGGAAGAUGAGAAGGCUAGAUCAUAGUUGGAAGCACAUCCAUAAUCGCUUUCUGUAACAAGAUGGCACAAGGCUGUUACAUAUGUUAAUCUUGAAGAUGUACUACUAAAUCCAUCACUGACAUCUCUUUCUUGUGUAGCAUGGCCCAAUCAUUUUGAUUACUACUCGUAAUAAACUCUGCCUCUUGCCACGUUA